UUGUCCAAACAGUGUCUGUGGUUCACUUCAUUAACCAUGAUGUUUGCUGCUCUUGCAGGUGCAGCUUUGUUAUCAACACACAGCCCUCCUCUCUGUUUCCAACAACACCUGCAGUUAAAAAAAGAGUAAAAACAAACUGGUUGGUUCAGGUUGCAGCAUUUUCAUUGGUCGCUCUCUGUGGCUCUGCCCUCACCUUUUCUGCACCUCCAUAACAACCAGGUGAGAGCAAACUGAAGCACCGAUCGCUGUUGUUGCUGAUCCAGCUGUGUGUGUGUCAACAGUACGAAGAAUCCAGAUGAGCAUGGAGGAUCCAGAUGAUUCGUGCCCAGAACAAAUUCCUGGAAUUAAAGAAGCCCUGAAGAACAACGACACGGCCGGAGCAGCAAAAAGGAUUAAAGAAUAUUUAGAAAAGCAAACCAAUGUCUCGUUAAAUAUCGCCAUCACAGGAGAAAGUGGUGCAGGUAAAUCCACCUUUAUUAAUGCCUUCAGGGGGAUAAAGAACAGAGACGAGGGAGCUGCUCCUACUGGUGUCACAGAAACGACGUCGGAGGUCACACCGUACCCCCAUCCAGAUAAUCCCAACGUCACUUUAUGGGAUCUUCCUGGAAUCGGAACCAAAGACUUCCCAGCAAGGAAAUACCUGAAGCUUGUUGGGUUUGACAAGUAUGACUUCUUCCUCAUCAUCUCAGACACUCGCUUCAGAGAAAAUGACGUGAAACUCGCUCAGAAGAUUAAGAAGAUGAAGAAAAAUUUCUACUUUGUUCGCUCAAAGAUUGACAACGAUAUCCGAGCCGAGGAAAGUGUUUCCGACUCCAGCAAAGAGAAAACUCUGACAAAAAUCAGAGACGACUGCGUUCAACGACUCAAAGACUUGGGCAUCGAGUCUCCACGAGUCUUCCUAAUGUCGAGUUUUCAGCUCCACAAGUACGACUUCUCUCUCUUACAAGAGACCUUAGAGACAGAGCUUCCCAAAGAUAAGAGAGACACUCUGCUGUAUGUCAUGCCCAACGUCAACCCCGACGUCAUCAGCAAGAAGAAAAAAGCUUUAAAGGUACACUUAUACCUCUUGGCCACUCUGUCUGCAGCCGCUGCAGCUGUUCCCGUUCCUGGGCUUUCUGUUGCUGUUGAUGUUGCUGUGCUCAUUGGUGCUGUCACACAUUUUGUACAUGCGUUUGGUCUCGAUGUCCAAUCUCUGAAGAGACUCGCUAUCAGAACAGCUGUGUCAUACACUGAGCUGCGUGAUGUCAUCAUUUCACCAGUGGCUGCGAAGGAAAUUACUAAAGAGCUCUUCCUGAAGGUGUUCGCCCAACUUGGAGGAGCAGCUGGAUUAAUUGGAGCAGAGGAAGUAUCCAGAUUCAUUCCGAUAGUGGGAAUCCCGGUAGCCAUGAGCCUCUCCUUCGUCACAACCUACAGAGUUCUGAACUUUAUCCUCAACCAGCUCGCUGAAGACGCUCAGAAGGUGUUAAAUAAGGCUCUGGUCUGAGCGUGAAAGGAAAAGGCAAUGAAACUCAGUGAAACUGGGAUUUACACAUGAAACUCAGUAAACCAGUCUCCUUUUACAGCUGGUCAGCUUCACACACUCAAACUUUUCAGAAACAAACAUCCUCAUAUUAUUCAGAUAUGAACUGUGUAAAGUGUAGAAGUCUGAGUCAUUGUCAUGUUUUUUCCUUUGUGUAAGUGCUUCCUCAGGACAUCAGGAGAUACGAUGACCCACCUUCAACUAGAUGCGGCAGAUGGCUGAACUUCCUGGGUCUCCUUCCUGUUAAAGGCAGUUUUUCCUUCCCUCUGUCACCAGGUCUUUCGUCAUAGAGUGAUGUCUGAUUUUUGGGGUUUUCUCUGAUUUGUAGGGACUUCACUGAACUUAAUUUAUCUGAGCUGUUUCUACCUUUACUCAAACAUGUCUUGUUGUUUGAAUAAAUUGUGAUGAAACUGGU